UUUCCACUGCUGGGUCCACUCCUUCAGUCCACACCAGUUCACCAAUUCUGACACAUAUUUGCAUCAGCGGGCCUGGUCUCAAAUCAUAGGUGUCCUUCAUGGUCUUUCUCUCAGUGUCUCUCUCACCCUUCUCCCCCCUUUUUUGUGCGGCUCAUGAAAGGCUUUUUACUCCAAAUGAAGCACGGUCAACCCAACUGCUUGGAGCCAAGCAACCGCCAGAGGCCAAAUCCUGCGAGGGGCUUCACCUUCUCACAUGUCUCUCUUCUCGCUUCACAUUGAAACACACACACACACAUUUUAGGAGACAGCUGCAAUGAAGCCUAGAUCUUCAGUGAAGAGGACCUUCAUCAGUGUCUCCAUCUAUGGGAAAAGUACCGGUGCUGAGCUUGGACUUGAGCUUUUGGUUGGAUUUUGCGUUUGAUCUUAGAGUUGGAUAAAGUUUGAGCACAGGAUGAUGCUAGAGAUGCAAAACCCCGAGGAUAGUGGUGGUGGUGUUGGAGGUUCUAGCUUUGUGGACAUGCUGGGCACUGAAGAGAUGGAGUGUAAGAUCUGCUACUGCGCCUACAACCUGGGGAGUCGAAGGCCUAAGGUGCUUGAGUGCUGCCACCGUCUCUGCUCCAAAUGUCUCAUUAAGAUCCUGGAUUUGGGUGAGUCGCCUCCCAAUGCCUUGGUGUGUCCGUUUUGUCGCUAUCUCACUAGACUGCCAGGAGAUGCUGUGAGCAACCUGCCAGAUGACUGCAACCUGGUGGCAACGCUGGCCCUCCAAAACAGGAAUCAGAGAAACCGGCAGUUCCACCAGGAGGCAACUACGGAGCUGCUCCUAAGCCCCAUGCGCCUGAGCUCACUGAUGAGCAGCAAUUCACCUGUGAUAUCUACUUCCUCCUCCACAUCUUCCUCUACCCCUUACUCCACCAUCCGCAGCUCCCCUAAUUUUGUGGUCAUUACUAUCAUGGAGCCUCCGCCCGCAUCCAUAUCCACCCAAGACAUCCAUCCCUACCAGCAGAUACAUGGCUCUCACCUGUCAAACCAGGACUACCACUCAUCCAGUCAGGACUCUAUGGCAUCCAUCGCAGAGAGGUGGACAGUGUGGAACUGUGCAGCCCUCCUGUGCCAGACUUCAGCCCGGGCAUUGGUAUGGGUCCUGGGGCUCUUGUACUUUAGCUCCCUGCCUAUGGGGGUUUACCUGCUCAUAAUGCAGAGGACAACACUUGGGGUGCUUCUGGUGAGCCUGGUUCCUGCCAGCCUCAUCGUGAUCAUGGUCUAUGGGUUCUGCCAGUGUAUCUGCCAUGAGUUCUGGGACUGCUUACCAUCAUAAUGCAACCAAAUGAACAGGCAAUGCUUUGCUUUGAACAUGCUUGACAAUAGAUCUCCAGAAUUGACUAAUGGGGAUGUUACUGUGUAGCUAACCAUGUGAACUGUUAUUUGAAUGGCAUAAAGGUGGAGCUCAUACAUCUUAAUUUGUGCAGUUUUUAGGCUGAUAAUUUACUUACCUAAUAAAGCUCAAAAUGUCAGAUAGCUUCAACUAAAACACUACUUCUGAAGUCACUGUUUAAUGUAAUGCAUUAUGAUGUUAUAGUUCAAAAUCUAAAGGAAUGUACAGACUGUUCUCAUCUCCACAUUGGUGUGGCUGAUUUACAUACAUGGUGUCCUCUUUAACCUAUUCCCUGAUACAUCAGGUUAGCUAUUAACCAACAAGCUUUCUUCCGAGUGCCAUGAGUGGCAAACAUAAGGUUUGAACCACAGGUGGGUGCAACUCCUGUGGUCACAGCCAGAGCUGUGCACCUGAGAUGAUCAUAUCAGAGCUAUCCUGUCAUCGUGCAGAGUGAAGAUUAAAAAUAAAACUGACAGAGUAUUUAGAUCAGGCUGAACUUUUGGCUGAUUGGGAUUACUUUCACAUGACUAACAUCAUCAUUUGAAAAUUUGGCCAUGUUUAGGCACGAGCAUCUGCCAGUGUAGCAGUACAUAUCUGAAAGAACAUGAGAAAAACACA